GGCGCGGAGGGGCCGGUCACCCCGCAGCCCGGCCUCGGCCUCCGCUGCUCGUAGCCGCGCCCCGCCCGCGCGCCCGCCGCCGCACGUCUCUCGCCGGCGGCCACCAUGAGCACAGGCCUGCGGUACAAGAGCAAGCUGGCGACCCCAGAGGAUAAGCAGGUACGUGUGCGCUGCCGCUCAGCCUGCCCAGACCCGGCUAGCUGUCACCCUUUUGUGGUACUAACGCCGCCCGCGCCCAGGCGCGACCCCGCCCCCGCCGGCCGUCAUCCAGCCCAGUCGCGGUUACCCAGCUGGGGCAGUGCUGGGGCUUCCGGAGGACGGGCGGGGGGGGUGCCUGGUCUCCUGACCCUCCCAGCAGGGGUUGUGCGCCCCUCCCCAGGAUAGGGGUAUGGGCCGAGGGCCCCUCUUCCACUGGUCCAGCGCCAGCAUCUCCUUGCUGACCUGGGCUGUAAGCCAUGUGCUGGGGGUCCUGGUUGUUGAAGGCCACAGGCGAGAGGUGGGGGAUGAGGGACUCAGGACCCACCAGCCUGCGCACUGUCCCUGAGCUGCGGUCUUGCCACCCUGCCCCACUGUCCUGCACCUUCGUCCCCCUCUCCCUGCCCACACACACAUUUCAGUGUCCUGGUUUGUGGCUGGGCCUCUUCCCCACACUGAGAGCUUCCAAGGCCUAAUCUGAGUCAUCCCAGCGCCCAGCUCAGGGCCUUAGACCUAGUGGGUACAAAUAGGCUGUGGCUUCCCAAAAGGGCUGGCCUGGUCCCCACCCUCCAGGAAUGCAGGACUCAACCGGAGGCUGGUCCCCACUGAAAAGCCAAAUGAGCUUGGGGUUAAACAAAGCCCAAGACCCCCGGUGGAGUGAGGGUGGGGUGGGGCUGGUAAGCAAGUGGGCUGGGGACUCCCGGGUAGCCCGGGAGGUGGUCUUUCUACCUUGAGCUCAGCCAUUUUAUAGAAGAGAAGGGCCCAAUUCUGGCACCAGGAUGGCCUGGGCAGCCCCCAUCAGGGAUAAGGUUCACACAAACCAUGGAUGCUUGCCCAGGGUGUAGCAGCCAGGGCAGGAGGUCCCAGCAGAGACGGGAGAGCUAGGGAGUCACUGGACACCCCACACCAGGGGUGGGUAAGGCUCAUUGGGAGGAGCUACCCAGGGAGCCAGCCUGGGAGCUGCCUCCCCAUCACAAAGACAGACAAAGCCCAGAUGCAGGGGCAUACUUGCCAGGCUAUUGUUUGAGGGAGAGAGAAGGAGCUGGGGCUGGCUAGGAGUCCAGUCACCCUGGCUGCUCCUGGGCCUGGGGCAUCCCCAGCUUGGCCCCCUUGGGCAGGGCAUUUGCUGCUCAGUUAUCAACUAGCUUUUCUUGUCCAGGUUUUAGCAAUGGGGACCUUUCCUGGUGAGGUGCAAGCCCCGCCCCCCUCCUUCUGCCCUUUGGAGUUCAGCUAGGAACCAGCCCCACCCAUACCCUACCCCCAACCCCAGAGAGAGGGCACUGUGCAGGCGGAGUGGGCACCCUGGGAACAGGACCAGGUGUUUGGGCUGGCCACUGGGUCUCAGGGUAGCAUCACUGUUACCACUACUAUCGGGCCUCAGCCUAUGCAAGCCGCCUUGUCUCUCUGCAAAAGGGGGUGGAGAGGCAGUGAGGGCUGGUAGCUCUGUCAGUCCCCAUGCGUCUCAGCAAUGGGGCUCUAUGGGCUCCGGCUGUUGCCUCCAGAGCUGACUCUGGCAAUUCUAAGAAUGGAAAUGCCUCGAGAGUUUCAGGCACGGGAGGAGGUGGGCGCAGCUGUGUCAUAUAGCUCAGGAAGUCCUGAGGAGUAUUUGUUGUGCCUAAGGGACCGGAGAAAGGGGGUGGUGGGGCUUCUGCCUUGGGGCUCCCCCCAGGAAUCCAUGUCCUGCUUGGGCAGGUAAAGGGCAGGGGGGUUGGGAGGUGGGAGUGAGACUCCUGUCCUUCUGACCUGGGGCUUCCCAGAGGCUGUGCCUUGCCAGGGGGGAAACUGAGGCAGCCUGAAAGGCACAGGUCCAUUAGAUACCUCCCAGUCUGAGGCCCAGGCCCAAGGCUGUCUGUCUUUCUGGAGACAUUCUGGGCCUCAUGAGAUGCCUGUCCGGUGUGUGUUGGGCUAAGGGCUGUGUCCUCAGUAGAACCAUGGGUAGAGGUUGGGUGGCUCUCAGCCCAGAGGCUUCCUGCAGGUCAGGGGCACAGUGGGCUGGGACCAGCAAGGUGGCUUUCUGGGAGCAAGGGCUGGGGGAGCUGUGGGAGCUGGGGGAUAUGGCUGCCUCCUGUCCUCCGAUGAAAGGAUCUCCUAUUACCAGCUCUGAACCCACUCCGCCUUCCCGGGUGCUAGCAGCCUUCAGGCCUCAAAGCAGGACUAGGGCGUGGGCAGGGUGGAGGUCCUCAGCCAGGAGAGAGCCAAGAAGGCAGGGCCUGUGUUGCAAGAGCCAGGGGCUCUGCUCCUGCUGUGGCUGGGCCAGCCCUGGAGACUCUGCUGGGCCCCUUUCCUGCCACAGGCUCAUUUGGAGUCUGGUGGGGUCCUGGAGGUAGACAGUAAGGAAGGGUUUGGUGGCCCACAGAAAAUGGUUCUUUUACUCAGGAGACUUCUGUGGUCCCUGGGAUGGUCACAGGAGGGUGAGAUCCAGCUGGCAGGAACUCUGCCAUCCAGUACAUCUCUUUCUAUGGGUUGUAAUGAGCAGGGACACUCAGAGGCCACGGGAGUGUCCACUGGAGAUGGUGAGGAACAGGUCCCACUACGUCUUCCCCCUCGCAUUUCCAACACCCCCCCCCAGGGGAGUGGAAAACUGGGGGCAGCGGUGAUAGCAGUCAUAGGGAUUUUCAGCGGGCUGGCAGGGGCUUCCAAGUUUUGGAGGGUGCCCAUUACUCUGGGCGCCUGCACCUCCUCCUUCCCUUUGCCCCACCUGAGCCUCAGCGGCCUGGGGUGGGAGCGGUCUGGGCUGGACUUUAGGGAGGGGCUCAGCCCUCGUCUGGUACCCUGCACAUCUUGGGGCGUCACAUUGAGAAAGAAUCCUCCUAAAACACGCGCGUUAGCACACGCAAAAAUAGACCUGAGUGGGGUUGGGGGGCAUACGGAGGGAGGUGAGCCCUUGGGCAGCUGGGAUUCGAGGCACCGCCAGGAGGCUCUCGGGCGAGUCUGCCGGCAGAGCAUCGGUGGGGCCGGUUCCCGCGCGGUUGCGCGUGGGUCUCGGGAGCGUCCUCUGGCGCCCUCUGGCGGGCGGAAGCGGCGCCGCCUCUCCGGGGAGCGGGACAGCCACAGACUCGGCGACCCGGGCGCCCCCUCCGGCCGCGUGCGGGGCCCGACGGCCCAGACGUCAGGAACCAGGCCGCGGGUGCGUGGCGGGGUUCCCGGUCCGCUCGGCGCCACGGCCCGCCCGCGCCUCCGCUCGGCCCUGCCCUCCGCGGCAGCUCUCCGUGUGGCUCCGCCUGCGGCCCAAUUUCUAGGCGACAGUUUCCCGGCGACAGAGGGCGGGGCCGUCCCCACCGCCCCCGGCCUCCAGCUCCCUGGGCGCCCGCGUAGCCCCGCCUCCAGGCUGGGUGCGGGAGCGGACGGGCAGGCUCCGGACGGGUCCGCACGGGCAGCGGGAUGACUUAGGCGGCCUCCGGGGCCAGCGGCCCCCAGGACAGACGAGGUCCCCUGUCCAGGCCUCAGUUCCUGUGUCCGCAAAACGGGGCCUGGAACACGGCGUAGGGGCAGUACCGCGUGUAAGUCCCUCGCGACUACCGGCUCUGUCGGGCUGCCCCGGUCCGGUGUCCAAUCACGGCCGGCUGGGUCGCGGGGGUCGCCGCCAUGGACUCGUUGGCAGCACCCCAGGACCGCCUGGUGGAGCAGCUGCUGUCGCCGCGGACCCAGGCCCAGCGGCGGCUCAAGGUGUGUGUGUGUGUGGAGGGGGUGAAAUUUGGGGCCGUGCCUGUGCGUCCACUCAGCCAGACUCCGCGGGCUCUGGGACGUGGCAGGGGCCAGCGGGGCCAGGGGCCUUUGGGGGGUGGGCGGUCAGGCCAGCAGGCGGGGGAGGCUCAGAGCUGUUGUCUAUAAAUAGCCCCUGCUCCUAGCUACUGCUGCUGCAGCUACCCCCACGGCUGGAUUAGAGCCAGAUGGGGCCUCCCACCCACUGGUAUUCUCCCCAGGGGUGAGUGUCCACGCCCUGCGGAGGCCUCUGCUGUGCCUGAGGGUCUCAGUGCUGCUGCCCUCUGUCCCCUGAGGGAGGACAUGGGCUGUGCCUGCUGCUGCUUGACAUCUGACUACACACACACACACAGAGUCCCUGGUCCUGCCCAGCCCUUGCUGACACCGGGAAAGACCUGCCACCCCGUCCUGCCUUCCCAUGCCCAGGCCUUCGCUCAGAGGCCCCGGUCCAUUUUUGCCACUGAAAUGUCCCCACCCUUCAGACAGUGCCCUCUGCUGUCUCCUCAUCUGGUCCAGGAGACAGGACACUGGGCUGCAGAAGGAGGCCCAGUGUAGCCCUGAUUGCCCACCCUCCCCCAGGAUAUCGACAAGCAGUACGUGGGCUUUGCCACACUGCCCAACCAGGUGCACCGCAAGUCGGUGAAGAAGGGCUUUGACUUCACACUCAUGGUGGCAGGUGAGUCGGGCCUGGGGAAGUCCACGCUGGUCCAUAGCCUCUUCCUGACCGACCUGUACAAGGAUCGAAAACUCCUCAGUGCCGAGGAGCGCAUUAACCAGACGGUGGAGAUUCUCAAGCACACGGUGGACAUUGAGGAAAAGGGCGUCAAGCUGAAGCUCACCAUUGUGGACACGCCAGGCUUCGGGGACGCUGUAAACAACUCUGAGUGCUGGAAGCCCAUCACCGAUUAUGUGGACCAGCAAUUUGAGCAGUAUUUCCGGGACGAGAGCGGCCUUAACCGCAAGAAUAUCCAGGACAACCGGGUGCACUGCUGCCUGUAUUUCAUCUCCCCUUUUGGGCACGGGCUGCGGCCGGUGGACGUGGGCUUCAUGAAGGCGUUGCACGAGAAGGUGAACAUUGUGCCUCUCAUCGCCAAAGCUGACUGCCUCGUCCCCAGUGAGAUCCGGAAGCUGAAGGAACGGAUCCGAGAAGAGAUUGACAAGUUCGGGAUCCACGUGUACCAGUUCCCCGAGUGUGACUCCGACGAAGAUGAGGACUUCAAGCAGCAGGACCGGGAACUGAAGGAGAGCGCGCCCUUCGCGGUUAUAGGCAGCAACACGGUGGUGGAGGCCAAGGGGCAACGGGUCCGGGGCCGACUGUACCCCUGGGGGAUCGUGGAGGUGGAGAACCAGGCGCACUGCGACUUCGUGAAGCUGCGUAACAUGCUCAUCCGCACGCACAUGCACGACCUCAAGGACGUGACGUGCGACGUGCACUACGAGAACUACCGCGCGCACUGCAUCCAGCAGAUGACCAGCAAGCUGACUCAGGACAGCCGCAUGGAUAGCCCCAUCCCCAUCCUGCCACUGCCCACCCCGGACGCGGAGACGGAGAAGCUCAUCAGGAUGAAGGAUGAGGAGCUGAGGCGCAUGCAGGAGAUGCUGCAGAAAAUGAAGCAGCAAAUGCAGGACCAGUGACCCCGCCCCGCCCCGCCCACGUCGCCACGGAUCCGCCGCUGUCUCCGGGAUGGCCCCUGCCACCCCUGGAGCCCGGACUCCACCCUGGUUUUACCUGAUUCUUGGACUAGCCUGGACCCAACCCUAACCUACAGUGGCCCAGGGCGGACUGUCCCCAACCCGGAGACACGGGGCACAGCCUCCGCUGACCCUAAUUUAUUCUCAGCACCGCCUUCCCACGUCAUUUGUAUCUGCUUCCGAGGGGCCUGGACAAUAGCAUCCUUUAGUGGCCCUCCACCUUGGGGUAUCAGGAGCUAAGUUGGUUUGUGACUUCCGAGAUUUCCCCUCCCCCUCCCGGAAGGUCCGAGCACCCAGACUCCAAGCCCUGCCCAGGCAGGCGGGCAAACCCAGGCGAAAGAGAGGAACGGAUCCCCAGGGUCCCGCAGAGCGGACUGGGGAGCCCUCCUGGGUUUGCUUCCGCGGGCCACCCAGCAUAUGCUGGGACCCCACUUUGUGCAGAGGUGGGCCGGGUCCUCCCUUAACCUCCUCACUCAUGCACUGCAACCCCAGCGGGCGGGGUUGGACGGUUGCAGCAAAUGGAAACCCUCGGGGUCCGGAGACCGCUACGCGGAGGGUGGGGCAGGACGCUGGUGCCGGCCCUUGCCUGUUCUCCAUAGAUCCGGCUGGACCUGGACGGCUCCAGGGGCAGCGGGUGGCAUGCCAUCCCCUGGCAACUCCCUAUGCUGGGAGGGCCGUGCCCUGCCCGCAGCUGGAGGUCUCCUCCCCAGCAGCACUGCCUCCCUGGCCUCCAGCACUGGGCCUCCGGGAUUCCCCCCUCCACCCCGCAUGACCCCUCUCGUCCACACUACGCUCCGUUUUGUUCGAUUGUGAAUGCUGCGUCCUGUCCUGGUGACAGGAGAACAAUGUUGUUGAACGUCUCAGCGGGUGUCUGAGUGCUCCAUGCGCCCCUGGGAGCGGGUGGGAGCGGAAACCCGGGGGCCUGCGGGCAGCGGUGAUAACGCGCUAUCUGCGUCCGCAGCGCCCGUCCACGCGGCCGCAGGGUUAUUUCUGGCCCUGCCACAGCACCGUGGUCAAGGCGGCGGGCGCGGGGGACUGGCAGGGGUGGGACGGCCUUAUCGCCAGGCUCUCCGGCCAACACCUCCCGAUCCAGAGCGAGCCGUGCCGCCGUCCUCUCGCCAUGGGCUCGGGUGAGUCUACGUCCAGUCGGCUCGGCCGCUCCCUGUGCAGACGAAGGUUGGGCGGUACUUGGGUCAGACAUAGAGGGGACUUUUCAUACAGCGCGCGGUUUCUCUGGGUAGAGAGGAUUACAGGCUAAGGUGGCCGCGGUCCUUGGGAGCUGGAUGGAGCCUGUCCUGGCGCUCCGGGUGCUCAGGGACACCCAGGUGCCCCGCUGGCCGCCCGCCUGACCCAGCACUUCCCUUCCAGG